AGAGGAACUCUCUGCGCCCAUUGGCUGCGGAGCCUCUCUUAAAGGGCAGCGGUGCGGCCGCGCGGGCUGGAGCGGGGCUUGCUUGGCGCGAGGCGUGCGGGAGGGAGGAGGAGGGAGGAGGUGGUGGUGGUGGUGGAAGGUUGGAUGAAGGAUUCUGAAUCGGCGCUUCGUUGGCCGUAAGGCUCCAUCAUCACAAAGCUCGGUACCAGCGGCACCACCGCCGCCAUGGUGCACCGGAUCGGCGUCUCGGACGCGGGGACCCACGGCGCCGCGGACCCCGGGGGGGCCACGUCCCCGGCGGCGGCGGGCGCCGGGGACGCGGCCUGGUGCCGCACGGCCAGCGGGCACAUCAAGAGGCCCAUGAACGCCUUCAUGGUGUGGUCGCAGAUCGAGCGGCGCAAGAUCAUGGAGGAGUCUCCGGACGUGCACAACGCGGAGAUCUCCAAGCGGCUGGGCCGCCGCUGGAAGCAGCUCAAGGACGGCGAGAAGGUUCCCUUCCUCCGGGAGGCCGAGCGCCUGCGCCUCAAGCACAUGGCCGACUACCCGGACUACAAGUACCGGCCACGCAAGAAAGCCCACGUCAACAACAACAACAACAACACCGGCGGCGGCGGCGCCGCGGGCGCCAGCGGCGAGCUCGGUGAGAAGGCCCCGCCAGCGCCGGAGGCCGUGGAGAGCGACUGCUCCGCGAAUCCCGGCGGCGACGGCGCCGACCGCGACGCGGCCAAGAAGAAGAAGCGCAAGAGGAAGAGCGUGGCCGGCGGCGGUGCCGGCGCACGAGGCCCGCGGUGGAGGUGGCUCGGCUCCGCUCGCCGGCGCCAAGCGGCGGAGGACGGCGGCGCCCGCCCGCGACGGGGCGGGCGCCGCCGCCGUCGCCGCCGCCGCCGGCCGCCGCCGGCGGGCCGCCCACGAUGGGGCUUGGGGGAGCGUGGAGAAGGAGGGGUUGGGGGUGCCGUGGGGGCGUCCUCCUGGGGUACGGAGGGGUACGGUGCCGGGCAGGGGGCGGCCGACGGCUGGGAGGCCCAGGGAGGGGGGGGGCUGCUGCUGCAGGGCGCCUCCUCUCCCUGGGGGGGCGCUCGGUGCGGGGAGCGGGACGGAGGGGGCGGCGGGGGGGGGCAGUCGUGGGACUCGCUGAGCACGGGCAGCAGCCGCUGCUCACACUUUGACUUUCCCGACUACUGCACCCCGGAGAUGAGCGAACUCAUAUCAGGCGACGUGGGCGAUGCCACCUCCACCGUGUCCAACCUCGUCUUCACCUACUGAGUGUCAACCUCGUCUUCACCUACUGAGCACCAACCUCGUCUUCACCUACUGAGUGUCAACCUCGUCUUCACCUACUGAGUGUCAACCUCGUCUUCACCUACUGAG